AUGACGGUCGAAACCAAACCUCAAACGCUUUGUAUGGAACCCCAGGCUUCCCAAGACUCGGACAACGAGGGGUCAAAGGUGCUGGACAUCGAAUCCUCAGUCUCUAAGGACUCCGCCCUUUCUUCGCGCAUGGAUGAUUUUCCAGAAGGUGGUCUUGCAGCUUGGUCCACUGCCUUUGGGUCGUUUCUUAAUGGCGCUCUGAAGGCCAAAAGCCGCACCACCUUAUUUGGUGUAUACGAAGACUUCUGUACUCAGUAUUACCUCACAAAUGAGACAUCAUUUGCCAUUUCAUCCAUCGGGAGCUUUAAUGCAAUUUUAGGUACCUCUGUGAGCCUUAUAGCGAGCUCUGUGUGA